AUGACUCACCCUGUAUAUCUAACCGACAAAUCUGCUAACAAGAACUAUCUGCUUAACACGUUAAUACAUGAAAUUGGACAAGCAUUAGGAUUAACACACAGUUCGCGCGAAGAAUCCAUAAUGUUCGCAGUUGUCACUGCUAGGAAUAAUAAUAGAAUUGCUAAACUCAACAUAGAGGACAUUUUAGCCAUUCAACAACUUUAUGGAAUUAAAAAUCCAAGACCAACAACAACCACACAACCACCAACUACUGAAAUUACAACAAAUAAACCCACGUACGUAGAUCUCUGUACUUUACAAUAUGUGGAUACGGUGUUGGUAUUACGUCAUCGAAUAUUCGUCACGUAUCAACGCUACGUAUGGUCGAUAGAUAUAAAUGAUGCAAAAUACGACGGACCACACGUACUAAACAGUUACAUGGAUUUCCUUCUGGAUAAUUUCUCCUUAUCAGUCGCAUAUCAAAGGCCUUCGGGUGAACUAGUACUGUUUGUACACGAUGUAGUUUACAUGGUCGAGUAUCCCAGUUUCAAACUGAAAGAAGGCUGA